ACGCGACAGAUCGGUGGCGCGCCGGCCGCCAUGGCGUGAGCGCCCGCCAUGUGGCACGCGGUGGCGCUCCUGCUCUGCCAGCUCGCCCCCGCACCCGCAGCCGCCGGCAUCGACUGCUACGCCUGCGGCGGCCUGGUGUCGGACCAGCCGGGCGGCUCAUGUCGCGAGUUUCGGAACGCGCUCACCUGGUCCCUGUUCACCGUCACCUGCGCCGACGACGAGAUCUGCGCCAAGACGGCGUCCCUCUACACCGGCCAGGAGGACCGCGAAUUCCGCGGCUGCGCGGCGCGCGAGGCGUGGUUCGGCCUGCGGCACCCGCUCGGCUGCCGGCCGGCCAACACCUCCGACAGCCAGACCGAGUUCUGCCUCUGCGACACGCGCCUAUGCAACGCGGGGACGCGCCGCCGGCCGCCGGCCGCCCUCUGGAUGCUGGCCGUGCUUGCGCUGGCGCUGGCGCUGGCGCUGCGGCCCGAGCGGUGACACGCCCCCGGCGGACGGACGCGCGCCCCGCCCACUGCUUCCGUCCGAGGACCUCGACCGGAGGCGGCCGGUGGCCUCGAGCGGCCGCCGUCCGGACGCGGCGGCGGACGAGGGACGGGCCGUUGCAGCCGGGCCGCGACAGUGAGACGAGAGCGAACGCACCGACGCCAGCAGUGACCGCCAGUGAGACGGCACGGAGCCAGCUCGCUGAGACGCGACCGUCCCGGGUGACGGGACACGCAGCUGGCGCGUGUGCCUCCCGCCGUGGCGCCGAUCAAGCCCGGCCCGACGGCCGGGCCGAGCGGCUAACCCGGCGCAGGCGUCCGCGCAACGACUGCGGAGUGCUGGACGGACGGCUCGUGUUGAACCACGUGACACCCGGCAUGAGAACGCUCUGAGAACGCUCUGCUCGCACCCGUCGAGAGCGCCUCGUCUCGAGAAGCCAUGUUUAGCUUGGCGCCGGGUCUGUUGCAAAGCGGGUAUGGAGCGUCGGGCCAAAGUGCAGCGCUUGGUGGACGGCGGCCGAGCUUCUGGGAAGAGCCCGGACGACUCACGCCAUCAUGCAUUCUUAAACGACUUGUGAGGAGCCGCGGCGACAUGACACCGAACGCCUGUGCUCGCAGCACCACCACCGCCGGCGAUGGCGGGCGAGUGAUGUGUAAAGCAUGAAUGUACAAAUCAUG